AUGGCGGCCAAGCGUGAUCCGUCGACCCUCUCCAACUACCAAGCAUGGCGCACCACGCACACGACCGUCGCCUUCAAGCUCGACUUUGACAACAAGCGCCUUAAGGGCUCCGUCCUCUUGCAGCUCGAGAGCCAGACGGACAAGGAGAGCAAGGAAGUCGUCCUCGACACGAGAUCCCUCAACGUCUCGUCGGUCAAUGUCAACUCCAAGCAGUCAAAGUGGGAGCUGAAGCCCUUCUCCAACCCUCUGGGCGCCCCCUUACAUAUCGCUGUGCCCGAUGGCGCGUCCAAGGGCGAGAUUGUCGACGUCGCCAUUGACCUGGAGACGACGGAUAAAUGCACCGCGCUGCAGUGGCUCACCCCUGCCCAGACGUCCAACAAGAAGCAUCCUUACAUGUUUUCUCAGUGCCAGGCCAUCAAUGCUCGGUCCAUCUUCCCCUGUCAGGACACGCCUGAUGUCAAGUCGACCGUCACCUUCAACCUCACCUCGACCCUCCCCGUUGUCGCCAGCGGCGUCCCAGUCGGAGACCACACGGCCACUCCCGGCAUCGAGAAGCUUUACAGGUUUGAACAAAAGGUCCCCAUUCCGUCUUACUUGUUUGCCGUCGCGUCGGGAGAUAUCGUCACGGCACCUAUAGGCCCUCGCAGCGUGGUCGCCACCGGUCCCAACGAGCUGGCCGACUGCAAGUGGGAGCUCGAGCGGGACAUGGAAAAGUUCAUGGACGUUGCCGACAAGCUCAUCUUCCCCUAUAAAUGGGGCGAGUACAACGUUUUGGUUCUCCCCCCUAGCUUUCCCUACGGAGGCAUGGAAAACCCCGUCUACACCUUUGCCACUCCGACCAUCAUCAGCGGAGAUCGCGAGAACGUCGACGUCAUCGCCCAUGAGCUGAGCCAUAGCUGGAGCGGAAACCUCGUCUCAAAUGCCAGCUGGGAGCAUUUCUGGCUGAACGAAGGCUGGACCGUCUAUCUCGAGCGUCGCAUCUUGGCCGCCAUCCACGGAGACGCCGCGUUUGACUUUUCCUCCAUUAUCGGCUGGAGUGGACUUGAGGACGCCGUCGAAAUGUUUGGAAAAGACCACGAAUACACCAAGUUGGUCAUCAGUCACGACAACGUAGAUCCCGAGGACGUCUACAGCCAAAUAGCUUACGAGAAGGGCUUCCACUUUCUCUACUACCUCGACCGGCUGGUGGGCCGCAACAACUUUGACAAGUUCAUUCCUCACUACUUCACCACGUGGGCUAGAAAGUCACUCGACUCGUUUGAGUUCCGGAACACAUUUUUGGACUUUAUGCAGAGUCUCAACGACGAGGAACUCAACGAGAGGGUGGCGACCAUUGACUGGGAUGCCAAGUUCUUCUCGCCAGGCUUACCCCCAAAGCCCGAUUUUGACACCACCAUGGUAACCAUGUGCUACGACCUAGCGGAGAAGUGGAAGGACACGUCGUUCGACCCGAGCGCGGGCGAUAUUGAGUCUUUCACGGCCAACCAGAAGCUCGUCUUCCUCGAACGGGUGCAACAGUGUGCCAGUUUAAGCCCCGAGCGAGCUCAGCUCAUGGGCAAAGCUUAUGAUUUUAUCUCGUCAAAGAACGCCGAGCUCAAGACGGCCUACUACCUCGUCGCCCUCAAGGCGCAGGAUCCCACUAGCUUUUACGGGGCGGCCGAGCUGCUGGGAACGGUGGGGCGGAUGAAGUUUGUCCGGCCGCUGUUCCGGGAGCUCAACAAGGUGGACAGGCAGCUCGCCCUGAAUACCUUUGCGAAGAACAGGGACUUUUACCACCCCAUCUGCAGGGGCAUGGUGCAGAAGGACUUGGGCAUCCAGGACUAG